ACUCCCCCGCCAUGCUCACCCGCGCUGCUGCUGUUGCUGCCGUCCUCGGAUCCGCCGCCGCUUUCGCUCCGGCCCCUGUCGCUCCUCGCUCUGCGACUGGCCUCCGCAUGGCUGCCGGAUACAGCACCGCUAGCCCUUACUCCAGCAAGAACUCCAACAUGGGUCCCGCCUUCGCUCCCGUGAUCACCAUCUUCGACAACCGUGGCUGCAAGGAGCACAAGAACAAGGAGUACAACGGCCCUAAGGCUGGUGAUGAGAACGACGAGAUGCUCGUCAAGGUCGCCAACCAGAAGAUCCCCUUCCCCACUGACGAUGUCGUCAACGAGUUCCGCCGCGAGAACCUCGCCAUCCAGGGCAACCUUGACCUCAGAGCUCCCCAGAUCACCAUCUUCGAUCACCGUGGAUGCAGCCGUGCCCCCAAGGAGUACACCGGCAAGCGCGCUGGCACCUACGAUGAUGAGAUGUUGGUGAAGAUCGACUUCAAGGCGGCUGAGGUCAACAGCAAGCUUGCCCAGCAGGUCCUUGAGCAGACCAUUGGUGUCUUGAAGGCCAAGUAAACAGCUCGCCAUAUUUGUUGAAAAUAUUUCUUUGUUCUAAAAAGCGUACGAUGUGGAUGUGUGGGUUUUUGACUUCAAAAUAAAAAAUAAAUUAGCUUCGAA